AGCACCAGCCCAUUUCCUGUAUCCAAUGGAGGAAGAAAAAGCUGCAGCGUACUACGACGAGCUCACGCGCAAAGGCGAAGGCGCUGCCAAGUUCAAGCAAGGCCUCGGCUUCUCCUCCUCCUCCUCCUCCGAUCCCUUCUCUAGAAAACCCUCGCAGUUUUCCCUCUCCAGCUUCGUUCGCGCCUCAAACUCUAGCUCGACCUCUGCCGAAAUCAGCGAGCAAAAAACCUCAGAUCUGCCUUCCUCCAGCCCUAAAAGAGACGAUCGAGAGGAUCGAGCGCGCGUUCUUGGUAGUAUCCAUGAUAAGCUCAGCAGAGGCAACAGGGCGAUCGCCGGCCGAAGACAAAGAAAGAGACGAUCUUAGGUAUUCGUCGAGAAAGAGUAGGGAUAGGGAUAGAGAUAGAGAGAGGAGGAGGAGCCGGAGCAAUACGCCUCCUAGGGUUUCUCGGCGCGAUCGAGAUAGAGGUAGAGAGAGGGAUGGGGAUCGAGAUAGGGAUCAGGGUCGGGAUCGAGAACGAGAUAGUGGCAGAGAGAGGGAUCGAGACCGAGGUAGAGGUAGAGACAGGGAUAGGGAUCGUGGUUUGAAGGAGGGGAAAUCAGGAGGUGGUAAGAGUUAUAAGGGAGUGGAUUAUUCGAAGAUAAUUGAAGGUUACGCUCAAAUGAUGCCAGCUGAAAGGGUUAAAGCAAAAAUGAAGCUUCAGCUCUCACAAACCGCUGCGAAUGAUACAGCUAUUGGCACGAGCUCUGCGUGGGAACGUUUUGAUUUCAAUAAAGAUGCCCCUCUUGAUGAUGAUGAUGAAGAAACUGAAGUGGCUGAAGAUGACAUCUCGGUUGUCAAAAAUCUAGGUAGAAGCUUUCGGUUUUCUGCUGUAGAGGCAAGACGAGAGAAAGAAGUUCAGGCUGCCCAUGACCAAGCAAUGUUUGGGGCACCAGUAGCAGCAUCUUCACCAGUAAACGAUUCUCCUGAACCAGCUAACGAGGCUGAGGAGGAUGAGAAUGAUGCAGCUGUUGGUAAUAAUGGAAAUCAUCUCAACAGCAACCCCCUCUUAAGUGACAAGGUGCUCUCCCUGCAACAAGGUUCAUGGCGAGAUAGAGCUCGGAGGAUUCAAACUGGAUCGUAAAAAAAAUUGAGCUAAAAUGGGGUUCCUAAAGCCUGACCAAUUCUGCCUCAAACUCGGAAGAUUUGUGUUUGCACGCUGUGUAGCGUGUAUACAUCUUAUGAAGCAUCAAUGAAGGGAUUCUUCUCAAUACAGAGAAAAUGGCAGCGAAAGAACUGAUCGAUAGGAGUAGGAUUUUGUUUAUUGUGGUUAUAUUUCCUUUAGCUGUAUAUUUCGCAUGAUGCUCUGCUGAUAACCGGUGGAAGUGCUUGCAUUCUGUAUACCUUUGCCGAACUUUAAAUCCAUAGUUUUUUUAUGUUGCUGGUUC